AUCAUGACUGGAAAGUGGAGAGCUCUUCUGCUUUUGCUGCAACUGCUGGGAAAUUUGGAGACGGGUCAGGCGAUCUGGUUUCCCUGGUACUUCCAGAGGUACGGACUAGCCCCGCACUCGACUCGACAUGGCGGAGGUCACAAGAACAAGACCGAUUCGAGCUGUCCACCGGGCUACGAACCCAAGUCCUCGGCGGCCAAGUUGAUGGGAGGAAUGGGAGGUGAACGGAGUGCUGGAUCGAGAGAUAAAGGACGACUUUGCGACGAUAAUCCCGUGCUGAUGCAGCUGGCCCGACUCUAUGUGGUGAGUCCCGAGAGGAUUGUCCUGCUGCUGGCCCAGCCCUCGCUCACCGAUUCCUGCGCCGAGAUCACCGAGGUGCUGGGCAACAUACGAAAGUCCAUGCGCAACUGCAUCCUGGCGCCGGACAAUAUCUACGGGAGAUUGACCGAUGGCCUGGCCUACUUCCAAGCGGAGGUCUGUGAGGGCGGCGAUGGCAGCAAUCGGAAACGAUGCACUGGCCUCCAGGAGUCGCACAACUGCCUGCGGGAACUGCGCACCGAUAUGAUCGAGUGCGAGGCUCCGGCGGAUUGGUACGAGCGGAGGAAUGCCACCAAGGUGUGCCACAUCUUCAACGAUGUCCUGGACUGCUACUACACGAGGGCCGCCCUGCUGUGCGGCAUCGAGGUGGCCAAGCAGCUGAGAUCCUUCGCGGGGGACAGCAUGGGCCGAGCCAUGGUGCACAGGUGCGAGGUCAACAGGAGAUUACCGAGGGUGGAUAAUGCCAUGCCCAUCGCCACGAAUAACGGGGAGGGUCUAGGGUUUACUUUUCUUAUUUAUUUUAAUUUUUUGCACAUUAUCAUUUGGCGUUCAGGCCUUAAAAAUAUAUUUCUGUUAUAA